AGGAUCCGGACUCGUCUUGAAAACCCGAGUAUUAUACGCGAGUUCCGCAUAAAUAUUAUUUCUGUUCUUCGAGGCACGCCCAGAAGCGGGAGAUGUUCUUCAUUUCAACCUGUUUCGUCUCCAAACAGACAAAAGAUCGCAGACCUUCUCAUCGUCCAUAGAGAGACACAGAGAGAGAGAGAGAGAAACCCUAGAAAAAAAUUCUCUCUGAAUUCAGAAGUUGAUUUUUCUCCAAUCGGCUGCGAAUUCUCCUUUUCCAUGCAUUUCUGAGAUCCCCGAAUCAGUUUCGGAGAUCGAGAAUGGCGAUUCGGUUGAAUCCCGGAGACGUUUCGGCCUUCAAAUGCUUCGUUUCUCUCGCUGUACUGUACGGAAUUUUGUCGAUCGUCGGAUACUCGAUCGUGCACAUGAAGCACGUGAAGCCACUGGCGUUCGAUGCGCCGAUGGAUCAGUUCUCUGAAGCGAGGGCGGUCAAGCACGUCCGGAAGCUGGCCAAGGAAAUCGACGGCCGACAGGAAGGGCGCCCGGGUUUAAAUGAGGCUGCUCGUUACAUAAAGAUGCAGCUGGAGCUGCUAGCAGAGCGAGCUGGAUCUAAUAUCAGAGUUGAGGUUGAUGAAACACAUGUUGAUGGUUCUUUCAACAUGAUUUUUCUCGGCCAUGGCAUAUCCUUUGGGUACAGAAACCAUACCAAUCUUGCUUUGAGGAUUUCAUCAACAGAGUCAAAAGAUACUGAUCCAUCAGUUUUAGUUAAUGGCCAUUUUGACAGUCCGCUUGGUUCUCCUGGUGCUGGGGAUUGUGCUUCAUGUGUUGCAUCAAUGCUUGAAAUAGCACGAGUUAUGGUUGAUUCUGGCUGGCUACCACCACGACCUGUUAUAUUGCUCUUCAAUGGCGCAGAAGAACUUUUUAUGUUGGGUUCACAUGGCUUUAUGGAGACGCACAGAUGGCAUGAUUCGGUCGGAGCUUUUAUAAAUGUCGAAGCAUCUGGGACUGGUGGUCCGGAUCUGGUCUGCCAGUCUGGACCUGGGUCUUGGCCAUCUCGUGUAUAUGCUCAGUCAGCAAUAUAUCCCAUGGCACAUAGUGCUGCCCAGGAUGUUUUUCCUGCAAUUCCUGGAGACACAGAUUACAGAAUGUUUGCUGAAGAUUAUGGGGACAUUCCUGGGCUGGAUAUCAUAUUUCUCCUUGGUGGUUAUUUCUAUCACACUUCUUAUGAUACAGUGGAAAGACUAUUACCUGGAAGCAUUCAGGCACGAGGGGAGAAUUUGUUCAGCUUAAUUAAUGCAUUUGCUAGUUCUCCUGAGCUACUAAAUGCUCAGCAAAGAAUAGCGCUUGCAGAUGCCGGAAAUGGUACCAAGGAUGAUCAGUCUGUCUUUUUUGAUUACUUAUCGCUCUUUAUGGUAUCUUAUUCUAGAAAGAUUGCUCUGGUUAUUCAUAGUCUUCCCAUUGUUAUAUUCUUUCUCAUGCCAUUGGUUUUGCAUUUUCCCAACAUUGGAGUUUGUUCUUUGUUGGCGACCUUUGCCGACUUGAUGAAAGGAUUGCUGUUCCAUACCAUUGGAGUUCUUCUGGCAAUUGUUGUCCCUGUUAUUUUUGCAAUAUCGAGAUUACUUUUCUCUAGUUCUGCAAUGAAUUGGUUUGCUCAUCCAUAUUUGGCUUUUGUAAUGUUUGUCCCUAGUUCGCUAGUUGGUUUGUUGAUUCCUAGAGUUGUCUGGAGAAGCUUUCCCAUCUCUCAAGAUGCUUCACUUCUUAAAACAUCAAAAGAGGCACUAUCUGAUGAAGCACGCUUUUGGGGAGCUUUUGGGUUAUAUGCUACCAUGACUUUGGUAACUAAUUUAUUGGUUUAUUUUUCUAUGAAGGCUUAUCUAGUAGCAGGGUUGGGUGGAGGUUUCACAACAUUUUUCCUCUCAGCUUUUAUGAUUCCGUCUUGGAUCUCCUUUUGUCUGUUGGCCAAGUGUUUUGGGCGCCAAUCACUCAAGUCAUUGGCGGGAUAUAUAGUACCUCUAAUACCAUGCCUUAUCUACUCUGUCUACUUCGGUGGUUUUCUUGUCCAAUUCGUGAUUGAGAAGAUGGGAAUGAUGGGUUCUCUUCCACAUCCAUAUGGAUAUUUCAUCCAGGAUAUAAUAGUGGCAGCUGUAAUUGGAAUUGUGACAGGAUGGUGUUUUGGUCCAGUAGUACCUAUUGUGGGUCAUUGGUUAGCCAGAUCAUCAAUCAUGCAGUUCUUGAUUCAUGUUACUGUUCUUGCCUUGGCACUGUCAUCACAGUUUUUCCCAUACAGCAAUGCUGCACCAAAACGACUUGUGCUUCAGCAUGCCUUCCUGACCACAGGUGCAAAUGUGGUUGUGGACUCCAGCUAUGAUUUUUCUGUUGUAGAUGCCAAUUCUCUGUCUUUUCUUUUCAAGUAUGCACCUGAAGCAGCAAAGGAGCUCCACUUUGAUUCAGAAUUUCCUCUUAAAUCUGCAAAUCAUUCUGAUCGAAGUACUUGGGUGGCGCUUUUCCCAGUAUCUUUCUUGUUUUCAGGAAGCUUGAAGUUCCCUGCAAGAGGAGACGGUAUCUUUGAUCAUUACAGAGAUUUGCCUCACUUGUCCGCUUAUAAGCCAACUAUGCUCUCUAGUAUUGGAUCUCGCAAAGUAUACCUGGAACUUUCUUUAGGCUCUUUAGAGGAGGUAUGGGUUUCAGUCCUCAACAUAACAGGCCCAUUAUCCAAUUGGUCAUUUGCUGACAAUAGUCUUCCAGUUGCUGUAACAGCAGACGGCAUUCCACCCUCAUAUAUCUUGAGACUCAGCGGAAAGAGGCAUGAGAACUGGACCUUCUGGUUAGAGGCUAACAGUUCGGAAGCUGUGAGGGUGGAUGUAGCUGUACUUGACCAGUAUCUAGUUGAUGAUUUGAGGAAAUUGAAGGGCUUUUUCCCAAGCUGGGUAGAUGUUACUGCUUAUUCAAUCUUUCUGUCAACCUACUCCUUUUAAUUUAUCUUUGGAUUCUCUUUGGUGGUUGCUAUAUGGACAUGUACAAAGUAAAUAUUACUCUUGCUUUUUCUUUCAUUGUCUUCGUUUUUUUUUCCUCAUGUUGAUUUAGUAAGGUUUAACGACUACCACCUUGCAUUCUGGUGGAGCUUCACUGUUGCACACCAUGUAAUACCUUUUCAGUAACCUAAUCCAUUGAUCAUGGCCUUUUGCAUGCCCCAA